AUGCCACCGGUAGAUAUUGACCCCUGCUCUGGGAGAGAGCAAUACCACCGUCAAUAUCUUCAGAACUUGAAAUCCCCAAACCUCUUUAUCAAAGACGCUUUCAUCGAUGGAGCAUGGAUCUCCAAAACAGCUUCAUUUGAUGUUUAUGAACCUGCGACUGGCACCGUUUUGGGUCAAGUCGCAAACUGCGAUGUGAACGAUUUUCGGACAGCUAUCGCGAGUGCUUCAGCCGCGCAAAAAGAAUAUUACUAUAACACUACCGGAACAGAGCGGGGCGAGCUGCUUCGAAAGUGGCAUGAUCUGAUCAUUCAGAACCAAGACGAUAUUGCUACAUUACUCUGUCUGGAAAAUGGAAAGACUUUUGCCGAGGCGAAGGGAGAAGUCGUAUAUGCAGCGAAUUUCGUCUCAUGGUUCGCUGAAGAAGCCACUCGAUCGUACGGAGUCACGAUCCCGUCCUCGUACAAGCACACGACUCUCUCUACCGUCCGAGAGCCAGUCGGGGUGUGUGGCAUCAUUACGCCAUGGAACUUUCCCGCAGCCAUGAUCACAAGAAAAGUUGCUCCAGCAUUGGCAGCGGGAUGUUCUGUGGUGAUUAAGCCUCCCAGCGAGACUCCAUACACCUGCCUCGCUCUUACAAAGCUUGCUGUCGACGCCGGGCUCCCGCCAAAGGUCAUUCAGGCAUGCCCGACAAAGGAUAAGAAAGCUGCAACUGAACUAGCGACAAACCCUCUGGUCAGAAAAAUCAGUUUCACUGGAUCAACCAAGGUGGGCAAGAUGCUGGCAGAGCUGGCUGCAGGGACUUUGAAGAAGGUAAGCCUUGAGCUUGGUGGAAAUGCUCCCGUGAUCAUCUUCGAAGACGCAGACCUCGACCUGGCCGUGGAAGGAACAAUGUUCAGCAAGUUCAGGUGCAGUGGACAGACUUGUGUGUGCGCGAACCGCAUCUACGUUCACUCCUCCAUCAGAGAAUCUUUCGUAAAGAAGCUGAUCGCCAAAACCAGAGAGCUUCACAUAGGUCCAGGGAUGGACUCUACAACAACACAGGGACCCCUGGUAAACAAGGCUGCUGUGAACAAGGUCAACGAGCAUAUCAAAGAUGCUGUGUCGAAAGGCGCAAGGAUUGAAUACACUAGCAAACCCCCCGGAAACUCCACGGGCUUCUACGCACCCCCUACCAUCCUCAGCGGAGUUACGUCUAGCAUGUUGGUAGCAAGGGAUGAGACCUUUGGGCCUUUGGCACCAAUAUUCGAGUUUAAAAAUGAGGAGGAAGCCAUCCAACUGGCCAACGACACAGAAUUUGGUUUAGCAGGGUAUCUAUUCACCAGAAGCAUCGGAAAGGCCAGUCGAGUUGCGCAGCGUCUUCAAGUUGGAAUGGUGGGCGUUAACACCGGUAAAAUUAGCGCCGUAGAAGCUCCUUUCGGCGGAGUUAAAGAGAGCGGUUAUGGCAGGGAAGGCAGUCUGUACGGUCUUGACGAGUAUCAGACUAUCAAAAGCAUCACUGUUGGCAAUCUAGACAAGUAG